AUGAACCUGACAGAGUUUAAUCAGUCUGAUCGCUGUGAGCAUUUCUCCUGUCCAGAGAGAUCUGUAUCUCCUGCAGUUUAUAUCUUACUGUACGUGUGUUCAGCUGCUGUGGUUCUGCUAACAGUGUGUGGAAAUCUGCUGGUCAUCAUCUCUGUUCUUCACUUCAAGCAGCUUCACACACCAACCAACACGCUGGUGCUCUCUCUGGCUGUGACAGAUUUCCUUAUUGGUGCUUUAGUGAUGCCAUCGAUGUUAAUCUGGACAAUUGAGUCGUGCUGGAUUUUUGGGAGAGGUUUCUGCAUAUGCUUUUUAUUUUCUACAAUUUUCCUAAUGAUUUUAUCCGUCUAUAAUGUCGCUCUGAUCGCUGUGGAUCGGUAUUUGGCUCUCUCCAACCCUUUUCUCUACAUGAACACAAUCUCUAUGAGAACAAUGUACACUGUGCUUUAUUUUAUCUGCUGUGUAAAUCUAGUGUACAGCUCAGUGAUCUUUUAUUUCAUGAGUUUUAUAUUUUGUCCUGGAGAGUGUUAUUACAUUCUGAAUGAGGUCUGGAUUGUAAUUGAUCUCAUAUAUUCAUUUAUAUUUCCACUUUCUGUCAUAAUCAUAUUGUAUACUCGAGUUUUUGUGAUUGCUAAGAAACAUGCCACUGCUAUCAGAGAGCUUAAUAAUCACACACGGCCUAAAACACAGAAAAUCACCUCACACUCCAUGAAAUCUGAGAGAAAAGCAGCUAAAGUCCUCGGCAUUUUAGUGUCUGUGUUUCUGAUGUGUUUACUUCCAUAUUUUAUUUACAGUUUAUUAGGUUAUGUUAUUGAACUACAGUUAGAAACUAUUCAGAAGGUUAUGAUCUUGGUUUGUCUUAAUUCCACCUUUAAUCCAGUUAUUUAUGCUCUGUUUUACCCGUGGUUUCGAAGGUGCAUUAACUUAAUUAUAACUCUGCAAAUAUUUCAGACAGACUCUGCAUUAAUCAGUGUUCUUUUGUGAAUAGUUUUUUUUCUCCCACUCCUUCUGAUGAUGUGUCCAAAUAUUGAUAUUGCAUAAUAUAUUGUUUAAACUCCUGGAGCAAAUCAACCCCCAAUACGCUGUGUACUGUACUCUAUGAUAUAAUGGCAGUAUUUGGUUUUUGAUUAUCUAUAAUACAAUGCACUAAAAUAUAACUGUAUAUACUAAUAACAAAAUAAUAUUUGCUGCAUAUUUUAGAAUAAGAAUUAGAUCCUGAGAAAUACAGAUACACAUCGGAAGGGAAAUGUCUAGAAUCGUAAAAAUGAGCAUAUUUAAGACCGACAUUUUUCAAAUUACACAUUCUGUAUAUGACACUGCAUUAUUAAUACUGUUUACAUGUUACGACUUUUUUUUAUUAUGAUUCUGUGACUUCAAAAUACAAUAAUAAAGUAUGAAUGGAAUAAAAAAAUAACCAUUGCAUCAACAACAGUGUGGCCUAACUCAAAUCUAAUCAGUUCUAUUACCAAAGAUUUACAUAGCUCCUGGACAAACUGUUGAAUUUACAAAUAAUUAUAAAGUGAACACUGGUGUGGGUGAAUUAUUCACGAAAAAGCAACUCAUAAAAAAAUUUAAAGAUUAUGAUUUUAACUGAGGGCAUGAAUCCUUUAUUAUCGCCACACAUACAUUACAGCACAGUGCUGUACAAAGCAGCUGCAGCUACAGCCCCUGGCAAAAAGUGGAAUCACCACUCUUGGAAGAUGUUCAUUCAAUUGUUUAACUGUGUAGAAAAAAAAACAAUCACAGACAUGCCACAAAACUAUUUUCAUUUAACAUUCCAACCUUUUGGUUUUAUGAAACACUUACAAAAAUAAAAAAAGAAAGAAAGAAAAUUACAGUCAAUUGCAAAUGUUUUUAAAGAGCAAACAGAGGACAAAAAUAUGGAAUCACUCAAUUCUGAGGAAGCCAAGAUCAGGUCUGCCUAAACAGUGUCAAAUUGAAAAAGGGUGAAAAAAAGCCAUCCACUUAUAAAGAGUGAAAGUGUAAGAUGACUCUCUGAAAUCAGCAGAGAACAUGUUUUUGUCUAUUGGCCAACUGCAUCAGAAAAACAGAGCAAAGUCUAUGUUUGCAUGCAAGAUGGAGAUGGAUCCAACAUCUCUGAAAUCUUUGUAGUUAUAUUUUCCCACAUCUGCAUGAACACCUGAGAUUGAAGAAUAAAUUCAUAUAUUAGGGGGUUUGCCUUAAUGGAGAUAUGUAUCUGCAUUUGUGAAGUACUGCACUUGAGUUUGCAAAUAGCAAGGUGAACAGUGGCUCAGAUAAUCACUGAUAACAUCCUAUGCAUCUACCAACCAACAAGUCUGACACACUGGAUUAUUUUAUCAUGUUUCAAAAAGUGGUGAAGGAGGUUAAAAAUAUGACAUCAUCAAGACUGUAUGUUGUAUUUGAACAAUAAAUGCAGCAUAAUACUUAGCAGCAAAAGGACAGAAUACUUAACAGGUCUAACUCUGUUCAGUAUUUCUAUUCAUGAGUUAGUUGUGUUAUAGAAACAAUCUGCAGCCACUGACCUCACCUAACAAAUGAGGAAAGCUGAUUUUUUUUCUCUGUGCAAACAACCUGAUGCUGGUGCCCCCUACUGAACAAGGGUUACAGCAGCACUGAGACCUGUAGGACUGUGCUAAAAGAUCAGAAAUGGGCUGUGACAGUUAAUCUUGCCAGAAAAAUCAAUAAAAAUAAAAAUCCUGAACUCAUUACAGCAGAUAUUCACUCACUCACAGUAAUCAAUCAAAUACAAUAUAAUGACCUAGGUAAAAAUCAGUACCUCUGACAACUUUGAUCUGGGAGUGGACACACUAAAAUAGGAAUUCAUUUAAAGGUGAGAUUUGAUGUCAACUCAGUACACACAACUAGAUGGGCCAAGGAGGCCAAGCAAGUAAUAAAUAACCAUCAUUAAUUAAUUAUCAUUCAUCCACCCACCCAUGUAUGCUCAGUUUUUUCCAUGGGUUGAGAUCUAUUGAAUUAAUCUACUAUGUGAAUAUGUCAAAAAUAUCUGUCACAAAAUCAUCGAUCACCACCUUAGUUGUGAUCCAAGCAGUGCUGUGGUGUGCUUCCAUGUUUUGCAUUUGUUUUUGUUUAAAUUUCCAUGUGUGUUGUUUUGGUAUAUGUGCUGUCUCUACCCAUGUCUUAUUACUAGUUGUCUUGAU